ACUAGGCCACAACAAGUAGAAGAUAAAGGAAGAGAGUGAUCUCUAUCAUCACAAUAUUAUCAAACAAAGAUACAAUAACUACAAAUCUUAACACUCACCUUGUAUUUGGUCUACCCUUUUUCCCUUGUUAUUAGCCGAGUCAAUUGUACCAUACCUCAAGACUCUAGACUCAUCCUCCCUUCUUUGUUAUAAUAUUCCAUGGCUCAAGGGAGUGGACUCUCCAUUGAUCCUCCUUCUUCUCAUCUCUUGUUUACUUGUUCCUUAUCUUCGGAUCAUCCACAAGACCUUAGCCUAAGACACCGACACAAGCUGAGGCUUGAACCAUCAAUACAACAGCUCAUGGAUUGUCCAAAAGGGCCGAGUACUAUACAGUUUCCUGUGAACCUCAACUGCACCACUGCAGACCAUGAUCAUGAUCAAGACCAAGAACGCGAUGAGGAUCGAUGUUUUAAGUCUGAUGAGAAGCGGCCUGUCAUUGAUGAGAUGGACUUCUUUGCCAGCAAGAAGGAUGAUGAGGAUCAUGAUCACAUAGCUGAGACUGAUGGUGAUGAUCAGAAAGAUGGUUUGUGUGGACCUCAACAUUUCAAUGUGAAUACUGGUUUGCAUCUUCUCACCACAAACACUAGCAGUGAUCAGUCAAUAGUGGAUGAUGGAGUUUCUUCCAGCUCUGAAGAGAGGAGAGUCAAAAGUGAGCUAGCGGUGCUUCAUGCUGAGUUGGAACGAAUGAACUCCGAGAAUCAGAGAUUGAGGGACAUGGUGGAUGAGGUGACCAACAAUUACAACAAUCUUCAGAUGCAUUUAGUCACAUUUAUGCAGCAGCAGCAGCAGCAGAAAGCGGAUGAUAAUGAAGUAGAAGCAGAUGAUGAUGGUGGAAAUAAUAGCAAGGGUGAGAAAUUUGUUAGACAAAAUAGCAUGCGAAAUACGGUGCCUAGACAGUUCAUUGAUCUGGCAGUAGGAGGGGGGUCUAAUGAUGAAACAACAGAUCAGGAGCCUUCACUUUCUUCGUCAGAAGGCCGUGAUCCGUCUCACUCUCGGAUGAGUAAACAGAAACAGGAUGAUUUGUACAGAGAAACGGAUAGUCCAAAUCAUGGGUCUCCACACUGGGGAGGUUCUAAUAAAGUCUCUAGAUUGAAUCCUUCCAAAGAAGUUGACCAGGCCACUGAGGCUACCAUUAGAAAAGCCCGAGUCUCGGUCCGGGCUAGAUCAGAGGCCCCAAUGAUUACUGACGGAUGCCAGUGGAGAAAAUAUGGACAGAAGAUGGCUAAAGGAAACCCGUGUCCUCGAGCCUACUAUAGGUGCACCAUGGCUGCUGGUUGUCCAGUUCGGAAACAGGUGCAAAGGUGCGCAGAAGAUAGGACAAUCCUGAUCACAACAUAUGAAGGCAAUCACAACCAUCCUUUACCUCCAGCCGCAAUGGCAAUGGCUUCAACCACAUCAUCCGCUGCACGGAUGCUCCUCUCUGGAUCAAUGCCAAGCGCGGAUGGCAUAAUAAACUCAAAUUUACUAGCCAGAACUCUCCUUCCUUGUUCCUCAAGCAUGGCCACAAUCUCCGCUUCAGCACCAUUUCCCACUGUUACAUUGGACUUGACUCAAUCUCCAAACCCCUUGCAACAACUCCAAAGGCCUCAAAAUCAAUUCCAACUUCCCUUCGCGAAUCCACAACAAUCACCAAACUCCCCUGCAGCUCUGCUACCGCAGAUUUUCACUCAGGCAUUGUACAACCAAUCAAAAUUCUCAGGCCUUCAAAUGUCGUCUCACGAUACUGAUGCUAACCAGGCACUAGGCUUUCCACCAAUGCACAACCAAGCGCAACCAGGCACGAUGGCUGACACUGUCAAUGCAUUAACUUCUGAUCCGAAUUUUACUGCAGCUCUAGCAGCAGCCCUUUCUUCUAUGUUCGGUGGCACUUCCCAUGCAAACAACAGCACCAACAACAAUGCCAAUGUCACAACUUCUACCAGCAACAACAAUAGUAACUGAGCAUGCAUCUUAUCAUUUUUAUUCUUGUUUUAGUUUUUUUUAAUAUAAUUUUAAUAUCAGCUGAGAGGAGAGAAAUGAUGGUUUACAUGUUCAUUUGUUAGGGAUGGGAUGGGGUAUACAUAGAAUCGAGUUUUUUUUAUUCAAAUUCUUGUUUAAUUAAUAAUUCCGAUUUGCGGUGAAAAUAUAUACAAAAAAUAGUGUAAAAGCAAAAAUACAAUGAAUAAUACAUGUUAGUUCUUACUCAAA